CUGACGGGGCGAACGAGCUGCAGCUUCCUGUGCAAAGGUGAGAGGGAAAAGAGCUUACUUAAGCACAAGCCCUGUGCUCUCACGGAGCUGGCCAGCUCCAGUCUCUCUCCUCUGGCUCCAGCAGUCCCAGCUAGCCAGCAGCCAGGUGCUGAACUGGGAGCCUGCUGUCUCCACCUUUCGCUGACUGAGGACCACCACAUUACAUCCACUCGAUGGGCAGGUCCAGCCACUGAGGGGCAUCUGCGACCGGGCCACCCAGCAAAGGAGGGCACCACACAGACAGUGUAAUCCAUUCCUGCACUCAACAUCAAUGAAGUCCUCCUCUCCCUUUCUCCUUCAUGUCAAGCUGUUUGCUCUCCUGGCCAUCACACUGGCAUCAGAAGCCACACAGGGAUCCUCAGAACUAGCAUGCUUUUAUGACUCAGGGGUAACUCUCUUUUGCACCUGGAUUCCAGAUGGGACUCUCACAGAAGUACCAUGUCAACUUCAUGCUGAACUUCAGGACCCUUCUCCUGACCACUGGUGCUGCAAGGGAAAAUGUAAAUUAUGCGGGGUUGGCCCCAGGAGAUGUGACCUUGCCUUCAACAACAAGACUAAUAUACCUGCCUUGACUUAUUCAGACAGGCUUACCCUGACUGUGUCCUGCCAAACUGGGGAGAACUGGACAAUGGUGAAGCAAGAGAAGAAAUUUUCGCCAUUUAACAACAUCCAGAUGAGGCCACCAGACACCCUCGAACUGGUAAACGACACUGGACACGUCUACAACUUAACGUGGAGACUUAGUGUUUCUUCUCAUUACUUAAAUGAAAAACGGGAAUAUGAAGUACGGUUCCGAGCUCAGAAUAAGCACUCUUAUAAUAAGGAGAAUUUUACAUUCAUCAGCAUCAAGCAGGAUCAGGAGUGGGUGAAGUUUGAUAAACUUCUGCCUGACUCAGAGUACGAAGCUGCAGUUCGUGUGAAACCAGGCAGUCAAAGUGGUUUCAAAGGCAAGUGGAGCAACUGGAGCAAAACCAUAACAUGGAGGACCCAUCCUAAUGAAUCAGCCGCCCUGGUUGCUCCCCAGCCCAUGCUGCUAGCUGUUAUAGGAAGCUCAUGCACCGCUCUCCUCAUCCUCGUCAUCUUGCUCCUUAACUCCCGGACACUGAAAUGGUUUAAGAAGUUCCUGAAGAGUCACAUUCCAGACCCAGCCAAGUUCUUUCCCCCGCUUGGCACUAUUCAAGGAGGUGAUGUUCAGAAAUGGUUCUCCUCUCCAUUCUCCAUGUCUUCCUACUGUGUAAGCAACAUCUCCCCAGAGAUCUCAGUGCUCGAAGUAAUGCAGAAGAAGGACCAAGAAUCCCAGCUUCUCCUUCCCAAGCUAUUCAUCACCUCUGGAGGCUCCCCAGAAACCAGUGGGCACUCUGUGUCCAGCUGCUUCACCAACCAAGGCUACUUCUUUUUCCAUCUCCCCAACUCUUUUGAGAUUGAGCCAUGCCAGGUAUACUUCACCUAUGAGCCUUUCACGCAAGAGAGCAGCAGCAGUGAAGAUGGUGACUCCUACAGGGCACUCCCCUCCCCAGACCACUGCAUGCUGGUGGAUAACACCCCACUGUUCCCCUCCCACUUUCUUCACCCCACUGAAGGCACCCAAGGUUUCCAAAACAGAUCCUUUGUGGGAGAGACAGAAGACAUAGUCAGUGAAGUCAGGGUGCCUUCUGAGACUCCUCCAUCAGAUGAGAGUGCCUCACUGACAGCAGCACUGGAGCAGAAUAAGAAGAGAAAUGAAAAUAAUACAGUAUUAGAGUCCUCUGAGUGCCCAGACAAGGCUGGCGUGGUCUUCUCAAGUACUCCAAAGCAUCAAGGAGUGGAUGCCAUUCAAAUGGUAGAAGGGGUCAGGGAGACUGCCCCUCAAGUCAAUUCCAUUGAUAUUGUGGACAGUGCUAGCUCUUCAUCCUCUCAACCCGUGCCUCUGAGUCAAGAGCAGAUUGAUGACGUCCGCAGAAUUGCUUUCUCCAGCCAAGACCCUAACACUGGAGCCUAUCUGUCUUUGAGGGAGCUUCAAAGCCAAUACAGCCAUUGUUCUGUUUAAGCUAUUCCUGAGGAACUGUAAGUAAGAGCAGGAGACUUCCUCUGGAGGGAAGGAUAGACACUUUGUCUGUCUGCUAAGAAGUUGAUCCUUCAGCUUCAUCAAACCCAGUAGCACACUUCAAACUAGCAUUCAUGGAGAUCCUCUACUAGUACAAGGGAAUGGGGCCAUUAGCCAAACAGGUGGUGAGCACAGCCCAAGCCUACAACUGGUAAGGAAGUCAUAUUUGGAGAUGGAAAGGUGUGAAUGGGGAGAAGGUAGAAUUAAAAUAGACGAAAAACUAAAAAGGGGAUGGUCAGGGAGACAUACAGCUCCACAACACAGACAAUGCCAUGGCAACUGCAAAUGGAUAGAUGCCAGGUAUGGAAUAGUGGACACAUAAAUUGUUAGAAAGAUGGAUAAGAAAGAGUUUGAGAAAAGAGGCAUUAACACUUCUAAAAUAUUAGACAGAAUAUGGACUCAGAGGAGCGUAGAAUUGUAAGGGUCCUCCUGAGUCAUCAACUCCAGUCACCUACUCUCACAGGCAGACAUGUAAUUCUGUUCAUAAACUGGUCAAGUUCCAUCUUGAAAGGAGCUAUGUUGUUUGUCCCUACUACUGUUAUGGGAAGCCCAUGCCAGAACACUUCCUCCCCUGCAAAAUGAUUUGAAAAUCACAUCUAGCUCUCAGGCUGAGCUGGCAGGCUUUCUCUCUCCCUCUCAUGUUCUAGCCAGCCGAGCAUAGAUGCUUCCACGAGGCAGAAGAAAUGUCUGAAAAGGCAGUGAUAAGUCUAUGAAGAAGGCAGUAAGACAUUAGUGAGAGCUUCUGCUUCUUUAUUACUAUUAUAAUUAUCAUUAUUUAGUUCACUGCCUGCUUUCUUCCCUCUCAGGUGGUACAAAGUCAGUGUUUUGAUCAACUUGGUCAGAACUAGAAGUUUAGGCUUGGGCUUGUAUGUUUAAAGAAAAUUCAUGACUACAACUGUCAAGCCCUGCAAGGGAUGGAAUUAAAAAAAAAACCCUUUGCCAUGUAAAACAUCCUGGGGAAAAUCCCCCCACUUUGCAGGGGGGAGGGGAAACAAGAGCGAUGUUGGUAGCAAGAGACAGAGCACAAAAUUUCCCAUUGUUGAUGCAGUUUCUUUGCAAAAUUGAAAGCCUGUUCACCCUGCUGGCAAAAACAGAGUUAUUUCACUAUGAUAAGCUGAUUGCGGAAGAGUCCAUCCCACAUCCUGUAUUAGUGGAAACCAUCUAAGUGCUGCUGCCCAUUCCUUCCAUUGCUUGAGGGGAACCAUUGCCUAACUAGUGGCAAAGAGAAGUGAAUCAGCAGCUCCCUGAAGUAACGUCACUGCAGCACCAUUGCUUGAAACAAAAACUCAGUCCACUCGUUCGACCCCCCAAGAAAUGUGGAUUUUUUUUAAUUGCCUCUGAAGUUCCUGAUUUGGGACAGAAACAGUAGAGGAGAGGGAGAUAUGCAAAGGGAGGGCUGUUCCUAUUGGUCCUAUGGUAUCCAUUCUUGCCAUUCCCUUUUGUAUCAAUUCUUUUUUGUAUCAAGAUUUCCUUUCCAAUUUUCCAGACCUGUCUAGAAGUGGAAAAUAUCAAUCCCAAGCUAGCAGGAUUGGAUCUCUUACAAAAAAUUCUCCGACCAGAGAAGUUUGGGGUGUUUCCAUAAAACUUCUGAAAUUCACUUACAGCUAGUUCAGUACCACCUGUUCACUACCACCUGUUUCCACAGUAGCAAAGAGUCGCUUUCCUUUUUUCUGCACGUGUCCCAGAGACACAAUUGCAAUUAAAUUCCCUUGUCUUGAGUUAUUAAACUGAACAUUGUGUUUAUCAGAGAAGUAAGCCCACACUGGGUUUGACUUCAUGACCAAAGAGCUGCUGAAUGGAACCUGGCAUGCUUAGAAGUGGAACUGUUGGGGAGAAGACCCCUUCCUGUGGUAGGUUGUCUAUCUCCACUAUAUCGCACAUGCCUCCGGAUGCCUAUGCCAUGAUCUCAGAGACUGAAGGUAUAGGAAAGACAACAGCCUGCCCAAUGCCUAUGUAUGUGCUGGGAAGCUUUCAAGAUGAACUGCUAGGAGAAAGCACUGAAUUUCUGCUCCCUGGUAGACAAGAUGCUAGCUGCAAUGGGCUGGUAAUCCUAUCCACUAUGGCAUUUUCCCUGAGCCUGUGUAUUUUUAAUAAGCUUAAUCAU